GUCUGUGAGUUCAGGAAAAUGGCCAGUAUUUCAGUAGACCAGGACCAGUUCAGCUGUCCAGUCUGUCUGGAUCUGCUGAAGGAUCCAGUGGCUAUUCCCUGUGGACACAGUUUCUGUAUGGUGUGUAUUAAUGGCUGCUGGGAUCUUGAGGACCAGAGGGGGGUCUACAGAUGUCCCCAGUGCAGAGAGACCUUCACUCCAAGGCCUGAUCUACGCAGAAACAACAUGCUGGCUGAAGUGGUGGAGAAACUGAAGAAGACAGAACUCCAAGCUGCUCCUCCUGCUCACUGUUACGCUGGACCUGGAGAUGUGGAGUGUGAUUCCUGCACUGGGAGAAAACUCAAAGCCAUCAAGUCCUGUUUGGUGUGUCUGGCUUCUUACUGUGAAACUCAUCUUAAUCCUCACUAUCAGUCUCCUGCCUUUAAGAAUCACAAGCUGGUCAAAGCCUCCAAACAGCUACAAGAGAAGAUCUGCUCUCAACAUGAUAAACUGAUCGAGAUCUACUGUCGUACUGACCACAGCUGCAUCUGUUAUUUGUGUACGAUGCAUGAACAUAAAGGUCAUGAUACCGUUGCAGCUGCAGCAGAGAGAAGUCAGAAACAGAAUCAGCUAAAGCAGGAGCUGAAGAAAUUUCAGAAGAGACUCCAGGAGAAAGAGAAGAAGCUGCAGGAGGUGAAACAGGCUGUGAAGACUCUUAAGAGCUCUGCACAGGCAGCAGUGGAGGACAGUGAGAGGAUCUUUACUGAGCUGAUCCGCUCCAUUGAGAAAAAGCGCUCUGAGGUAACAGAGCUGAUCAGAGCUCAGGAGGAGGCUGAACUGAGUGGAGCUGAAGAACUCCUGGAGCAACUGGAGCAGGAGAUUGCUGAUCUAAAGAGGAGAGACACUGAGCUGGAGCAGCUUUCACACACAGAGGAUCACAUCCAUUUCCUCCAGAGUUUCCAGUCUCUCUGUGUCUCUUCUGGAUCUAAGGACUCACCCAGCAUCACUGUCCAUCAACGUCUCUCAUUUGAUGGAGUGAGGAAAUCUCUCUCUGAUCUGAAAGAGAGACUAGAGGAAUUCUGCAAGCAGGAAUUCAGUAAAAUCUCUCCACAGGCUGCAGCAGUUCAGAGUUGUUUACCAUCAGAGCCAAAAACCAGAGAAGAUUCACUACAGUAUUUCUGUCGGCUGACUCUGGAUCCCAACACAGCAAAUGAUUAUCUCAGACUAUCUGAGAAGAACAGAGCUGUGACACACAUUGGGAUAGACCAGUGUUACCCUGAUCAUCUAGAGAGAUUUGACAGCUGGCCUCAGGUGCUGAGUAAGGAGAGUGUGAGUGGACGCUGUUACUGGGAGGUUGAGUGGAACAGUAGAGGACAAGAGCUGUCCAUAUCAGUCUCAUAUAAAGGGAUCAGCAGGAAAGGAGAGGGUAAUAAGUGUAAGUUUGGACACAACAGUCAGUCCUGGAGUCUGCAGUGUUCUCCUUCUCUCUCUUUCUAUCACAACAACAUUCAGACUAAGAUCUCAGCCUCAUCAUCCUCCAGAAUAGGAGUGUAUGUGGAUCACAGUGCAGGAACUCUGUCCUUCUACAGCGUCUCUGACACAAUGACCCUCCUACACACAGUCCACACCACAUUCACUGAGCCUCUCUAUGCUGGAUUUUGGAUUAAUGGCAAGUUUUUUGUUAAUGGGAGAACUGUGAGGUUAUGUGACCCCAAAUAAUGUGUAUGUGGUAUAUUAUGGUUAUCUACCAGUAGAGUAUAAUAAUAACAACAACAAUAAUAAUAAUAAUAAUAAUAAUAAAUGCAAAGGGGAAGCAGGGAGUUCAGACCCCACUUCCACAGCUGGGGUGGGUUUGGUUAUCCAACCUGACUGAACCUUAUAGAAAAUAAGAUAAGAUUUUUGUUACAGUGCCAAAUGAAAAUGACAUUCUGAACUUCUCUAAUCUAAUAAUACCUUCUUAUAAUCUGAUGUUAAAAUAUCUUUAACAUAAUCUUCAUCCAAAGGAAAAAAAUAAAAAAAUAUAAAUGAUUUUUAGUAAGUAGUUAUUUAGUAAUUUAGUAAUUUUGUAAUUUAGCAAGACAUUUACAUGUGAAAUAAUUACUAAUGUAGUAAUGAAGCAAGUAAUUUAGUAAGCAAUUUAGUAAGUAGCAAUUAAUAAUUUAGUAAGUAGUAAUUUGAUUUGAGUAAUUUAGAUAUUAGUUAGUAGUGAUUUUGU